GCCGAGCCCGGCCCGGGAGCCCGAGCAGCGAGAGUGCGGGGUACCUAGGCCUCUCACGCUGGACUCCACAGUCUCCGGGCCGCCUGACCUCCGCACGGGUAUAUGGGAUGGAAGCGGGACCCUCGGGAGCAGCUGCGGGUGCCUACCUGCCCCCCCUGCAGCAGGUGUUCCAGGCACCUCGCCGGCCCGGCAUUGGCACCGUGGGGAAACCAAUCAAGCUCCUGGCUAAUUACUUUGAGGUGGACAUCCCUAAGAUCGACGUCUACCACUACGAGGUGGACAUCAAGCCCGAUAAGUGUCCCCGUAGAGUCAACCGGGAAGUGGUGGAAUACAUGGUCCAGCAUUUCAAGCCUCAGAUCUUUGGCGAUCGCAAGCCCGUGUAUGACGGGAAGAAGAACAUUUACACUGUCACAGCGCUGCCCAUUGGCAACGAGCGGGUCGACUUUGAGGUGACAAUUCCUGGGGAAGGGAAAGAUCGAAUCUUCAAGGUCUCUAUCAAGUGGUUAGCUAUCGUGAGCUGGCGCAUGCUCCAUGAGGCCCUGGUCAGCGGCCAGAUCCCUGUUCCCCUGGAAUCUGUGCAAGCCCUGGACGUGGCCAUGCGGCACCUGGCAUCCAUGAGGUACACCCCUGUGGGCCGCUCCUUCUUCUCACCGCCUGAGGGCUACUACCACCCGCUGGGGGGUGGGCGCGAGGUCUGGUUCGGCUUUCACCAGUCUGUGCGCCCGGCCAUGUGGAAGAUGAUGCUCAACAUUGAUGUCUCAGCCACCGCUUUCUACAAGGCGCAACCCGUGAUCGAGUUCAUGUGUGAGGUGCUGGACAUCAGGAACAUAGAUGAGCAGCCCAAGCCCCUCACGGACUCUCAGCGUGUUCGCUUCACCAAGGAGAUCAAGGGCCUCAAGGUGGAAGUGACCCACUGUGGACAGAUGAAGAGGAAAUACCGCGUGUGUAAUGUCACCCGCCGCCCUGCCAGCCACCAGACGUUUCCCUUGCAGUUGGAGAGUGGACAGACUGUUGAGUGCACAGUGGCACAGUAUUUCAAGCAGAAAUAUAACCUUCAGCUCAAGUAUCCCCACCUGCCCUGCCUGCAAGUUGGCCAGGAACAAAAGCAUACCUACCUGCCCCUCGAGGUCUGUAACAUUGUGGCCGGGCAGCGCUGCAUUAAGAAGCUGACCGACAACCAGACUUCGACCAUGAUAAAGGCCACAGCUAGGUCGGCCCCAGACAGACAGGAGGAGAUCAGUCGCCUGAUGAAGAAUGCCAGUUACAACCUAGAUCCCUACAUCCAGGAGUUUGGGAUCAAAGUGAAGGAUGACAUGACGGAGGUGACAGGGCGAGUGCUGCCGGCGCCCAUCUUGCAGUACGGCGGCCGGGUGAGCAGGAACCGGGCCAUUGCCACACCCAAUCAGGGUGUCUGGGACAUGCGGGGGAAACAGUUCUACAAUGGGAUUGAGAUCAAAGUCUGGGCCAUCGCCUGCUUCGCACCCCAAAAACAGUGUCGAGAAGAGGUGCUCAAGAACUUCACAGACCAGCUGCGGAAGAUUUCCAAGGAUGCGGGGAUGCCCAUCCAGGGUCAGCCAUGCUUCUGCAAGUACGCGCAGGGGGCGGACAGCGUGGAGCCCAUGUUCCGGCAUCUCAAGAACACCUACUCAGGGCUGCAGCUCAUUAUCGUCAUCCUGCCAGGGAAGACACCAGUGUACGCUGAGGUGAAACGUGUCGGCGAUACACUCUUGGGGAUGGCUACACAGUGUGUGCAGGUGAAGAACGUGGUCAAGACCUCACCUCAGACCCUGUCCAACCUCUGCCUCAAGAUCAAUGUCAAACUCGGUGGCAUUAACAACAUCCUCGUUCCACACCAGCGCUCUGCCGUCUUUCAGCAGCCAGUGAUAUUCCUGGGAGCAGACGUUACACACCCCCCUGCAGGGGAUGGGAAAAAGCCUUCGAUCACGGCAGUGGUAGGCAGCAUGGAUGCCCACCCCAGCCGGUACUGUGCUACAGUGCGGGUGCAACGACCACGACAGGAGAUCAUCGAAGACUUGUCCUACAUGGUGCGCGAGCUGCUCAUCCAGUUCUACAAGUCUACCCGCUUCAAGCCGACCCGCAUCAUUUUCUAUAGAGAUGGGGUCCCUGAAGGCCAGCUCCCCCAGAUCCUCCACUAUGAGCUGCUGGCCAUUCGCGAUGCCUGCAUCAAACUGGAAAAGGACUACCAGCCCGGGAUCACGUACAUCGUGGUGCAGAAACGCCAUCACACCCGCCUUUUCUGUGCUGACAAGAAUGAGCGAAUUGGGAAGAGUGGUAACAUCCCAGCUGGGACCACCGUGGACACCAACAUCACCCACCCAUUUGAGUUUGACUUCUAUCUGUGCAGCCACGCAGGCAUCCAGGGCACCAGCCGACCGUCCCAUUACUAUGUCCUCUGGGACGACAACCGUUUCACAGCGGAUGAGCUCCAGAUCUUGACGUACCAGCUGUGCCACACUUACGUACGGUGCACACGCUCCGUCUCUAUCCCAGCACCCGCCUACUACGCCCGCCUGGUAGCUUUUCGGGCACGAUACCACCUGGUGGAUAAGGAGCAUGACAGUGGCGAGGGGAGCCACAUAUCCGGGCAGAGCAAUGGGCGGGACCCCCAGGCCCUGGCCAAAGCCGUGCAGGUUCACCAGGAUACUCUGCGCACCAUGUACUUCGCUUGAAGGCAGAACGCUGUUACCUCACUGGAUAGAAGAAAGCUUUCCAAGCCCCAGGAGCUGUGCCGCCCACAUCCAGAGGAGACAAGGAGGAGGGAGGUGGGGCGGGGAGGAGUGCAGCAGGCCUCGUUUCUUUCUACAGACGGGGUGUAAGGGUGGGGAAUGGGGCCAGCAAGACUGACCACCAGCCAGAAAUCUCUGAGAUCAACCUCAUGCUCCCCAUCCCUUACUUCAUCUUGUCACAUCUGGCCCUGACCCCACCGGACCAAGAGGGGCAGCACUGGCCCACCGUGCACACAGGCGUCUCCUGUGACUCUCAGUGCUAAGGACUCACUUGACAGCUUAGUAAGGCCAGCUCUAGCCCCGCGGACAGAAGCUGGGAGGUUUGAGUUUGGUACUUUAGAAGGGAAAGUCAGAGGGGCUUGAGAAAGUGGGUGGGAGGAGGGAAGGAUUUUUUUUAGGAGCCUUAAUCAGAAAAGGUCUAGAUUUGUUUAAGAAGAAAAAUGAAACCAGACCCAGAUCGAUAUUUUAGAAUACUAGAUGUUUUAAUGGGUUCAGAGUCCAGUUUUUAGGAAGAUUUUUAAUGCUAAUGGUUUCGGUUGCUCCUCCCCCAGCUGCCACCCCCUGCCCUCUUCCUGUCUGCCCACACUUUCUACCCCACCUUGCACCUCCUCCCUGACAGACAUCCAGCCCCUUGUAACACUUAAGGCACUAUGGCACUUAGCUCUGGAGUGACACGACCCUGUCUUCCUUCCGCCUGCUGGUGGGUAACCAGUGCCUUCCCUGUAACGGUAUGCUGCAGAACCGCAACCUUUUGUACCUUUCUUUGGGGGACUGGGUGGGGGUGGGAGAGGAGGUAGGUGGGGAGGAAAUGCCCCAGACCCAACAAGCCUCCAGCCGGAAUGCCAGCUAGUUUGCAUUUGUAGGAAUCGACUUCCACAUUCUUUGAGCUUUUAAAAAGAUCACCACCUCAAGAUGGUUCAAAUCCAUUGACAUUUGCACUUUGAGACUUUCCAGGUCUCUGGAGCUGCUGAGCUGAUGGCCCCUGGCCUUUCCACGUACGCCUAGUUUCCUCCCUGACCCUCACCUCCCACCCUGCCCAGUCUGGAGUUACUUUCACGACAUUUCUUACUCUUGGCUUCUUUUUUCUGCUGAUGGUCGAGUCUCUUAUGUUUCAAUAUUUCAUAACUGGGGUGUCUUAUAACAAAAGAUCCUUAGGUCUAAAAUAAGAAAAAAGAGAGAAAACUAAAUGUUAUUUUUAUACCAUAGCUUGAGUCUGUUGCCAAAAUCUGGAUAUCCCUCCCAUGCCGGAUGAGCUUACACCCUGGAAACAUCGAGCCAUCAGAAGGAGCUGUGUACCUAACUGCUCUGGCCCAGCUGGUACGGGGUGGCGAUCUCCCCGUGUGGGCGCAGGCUCGUCCUGCCUCUGUGCAGAGAGUACCCUUUCCUUGCUCCAGGCUCCCGCUCUGCACCAUUCUGCCCCUUCCUGCAAGUGCAUCUCUCCUUCCUCUGGACUGUCCUGACCUGCCUCCUGCCGGGUUCCAGCACGUCCUGUGGACAGGCUGGGGAAUUAUGCUGCUCCCUACUGCUUCUGUUUACACAAUGAAUUUUUCCUGGUUUCCCACUAGGGCAUGUGAGUGGGUGGCAUGGGUGUUUGAGAUAUGGGGUUUGGCUGUCUUGCAGGACUGGAGAAGAAGGGGCUUUUAACUUGGUCCCUGUUGGCCUUGAGGCAAGAUUCCCCUUUUUUUAUCGACUGUUCACUCUUUUUUUUCCUGCCUCACUGCUUAGGAUGAGGAGUUGCAACUUCAGUUUAGAAACUCCUCUCUUGGAGGAGCCCGGGCUUGAGUUUACCCCAGUCUGGUGAUGACGCCAUGAUGCUUUGGACCUAGUCCGGGCUUGGAGGCCAGCCCAAGAGAGGAGGUUCUGAGUCCUGGCCUGUGGAGUUGGAGCUACCCUUUCCUCUGUGCAGACACCGACUUGCUAUGCAAAACAAUCCACCCCAGGUCCGCUCUGGUCGGUUACAUUGUUCAGCUUCACAAAACGUAGCACAAACACUCAACUGGAGAAAGGAUCAGGACGCUGUGUCAUUUCUCCUUCCCUUUUUUCCUGCUGGUUACAGUAUGGGGUGCCCCAUGGGCAUAAGCCCAGCUGCAGAACAGAAUGGGGGGCUCUGAGAGGAGGCCGCUCACUGGAGAGCCUACAUUCCUUACACAAGUGCCUAAAGAGUGAUGCCAACACUCCAUCUGCCCUGCCCAUCGCCUCCACAUUUAGUCUACUUCGUGUUCCGUCACCCUUCAGGGAGGGAGCUCUCUGAGACAUUGGGCUCUGCACGUCCUCUGCUUGGGUACAUCUGGGGGCUGGGAUACGGGCACUGUCACUGGAGGGUCCAGUCAUUCACCAGCAUUAGCAGACGUCCAUUGGGAGCAGGUGAUGGCCACUUCUCCCAGCAACAAGUUUGUGUUCUCUCCUUUUCUCUCUUUGCCUCGCUCUCUCCAGUUGGGUUUUGAGUUGGGGCUUGAAAUGCGUUUUUAGCCGUCUGGCAUUGCAAUGCCAUUCAAGAAACGAAGGACGAGAAGAUGAUAUCUUGCUCUUUUUUUUUUUUUUUAAUUUUGUUUUUUAAAUUUUCGAGACUUGAAAAAUACCUCUGACUUGGAGGGUUAUUCCGGCUUGAAAGGUGGCGCAUGCGGAUUGAGCUCGUUGGCAGCAAGCUUUGGCUUGCUUGGAUUUAGUGUAAGCAGGGCAUCUUACCCAAGCUUCGAGGAGGCGCUGCGGGCCUGCAGCUU